AUGACUUCAGAUGCUCUGCUGGACCUGCUUUCAGAUGGAGAAGCCAAUGUUCCCAACUACAGCUGUGGAAGGCAAAGAAACACACUAGCCAUUCUUGAAGAGGCUGAGACUGGCAUCUCCACCCAGAUUUCGACCAUGUUAAAUACCUACAAAAUCCCACAGUUUCAUUCGUUCCUUCAAAGUUCUGAGUUUUAUAAUAAUUCCAUAGGAGUAUUGUAUGUGGAUAAGAAUGGAGAGCUGGUGGCAGACCUGGAUAUUGUGAACUGGUUGAUUUUCACCAAUAUGUCUGUUAGCAGAGUGAAAUGUGGAAGUAUAGAAAGGCAGGGCUCCUUGGAUUUCAAGUUCAUGAUCAGUCAGAAAGCUAUUGAAGACAUGGAAGUGCUGAACAAGGUGGGGAAAAGACAUCAUUCUGUUCUUCCUGAAGUUCUUACCAAGAGAUUUGCAGUGUUGGGAGAGGAGCAGCUUGGGCUGUCAUCUCAUUUCACCAACAGGGAUGCGCAAAAAUGCACCAAAUGCCUAGAAGAUCAGUAUCCAAACAUUAAACGUGUUCACUGUAUUCCCAAGAUUAAAAAUUAUCUUUCUUACAAAGAAGCUCUGGGGAUCAUCCUGGCUUCCAUUGCCUUGUUCAUGUUUUUAACCACAGCCUUUGUUUUGGGAAUCUUCAUUAAAUUCCUAGACACUCCAAUCAUCAAAGCCAACAACAGAGAUCUUUCCUACAUCCUCCUGGUCUCCCUCCUGCUUUCCUUCUUAACCUCCUUCCUCUUCAUUGGCCAGCCAACAAAACAAACCUGCCUUCUCCGACAAACAGUCUUCAGCAUCAUCUUCUCCAUUGCCAUUUCUUCAAUCUUGGCCAAAACGAUCACAGUGGUAUUAGCCUUCUUGGCCACUAAGCCAGGGAAUAAAAUGCAGAGAUGGCUGGGGAAAAGCCUAGCCAACUCCAUCAUCCUUUCUUGUUCUGGUGUCCAAGUUAUUCUCUGCAGCAUUUGGUUGGGCACUUUCUCCCCAUUCCCUGACUCUGACAUGCAUUCUCAGUCUAGAGAGAUCAUUCUGCAAUGUAAUGAAGGGUCUAUCUCCAUGUUUUAUUCUGCCCUUGGUUACAUGGGCUUCCUGGCUGCUAUCUGCUUCACAGUGGCUUUCCUGGCCAGGAAUCUGCCUGGGGCAUUCAAUGAAGCCAAGCUGAUCACUUUCAGCAUGCUGGUCUUUUGCAGUGUUUGGGUCUCCUUUGUCCCCACUUACCUGAGCACUAAAGGGAAAUACAUGGUAGCCGUGCAGGUCUUCUCCAUUUUAGCCUCCAGUGCUGGUCUGGUGAGCUUUAUAUUUUUCCCCAAGUGCUACAUUAUUUACCUAAGACCCGAUUUGAAUACAAAACUUCAUGUGAUGUCAAAAUAA